CCCGCUAGAUGUAGUUUCUGAACGUAGCCCUGGAUGAGAAUACGAUACGAGACUCCGGAAAUCAAUUUUCGGUGUUUGGAGUUCCGAGUGUAAUCGUCUCUGUCGAUCGACGAUCUGACACAUUCCAAACAAUGCGAUAGAACUGUGUGCAAUAGAACUGGGAGGGGAGGGAACGCUGUUCGCUCGAAUUAUAUCGGCAAUUUAGCCAGAGAAAAAUCGAGAAAGAGGAUACACCGCGACGACGAGGAGAAUGGCUGCCAUACACCGGGAAGCGAUACAAAAACAGAUCCAACAGGACUGGGCUAAUCGCGAAUACAUAGAAGUUAUCACUGGCAGUAUUAAAAAGAUCACGGAUUUUCUCAAUUCUUUCGAUAUGUCUUGUAGAUCGAGGAUAGCGGUCCUCAAUGAAAAGCUCACGACCCUCGAACGGAGAAUAGAAUAUCUCGAGGCAUGCGUCACAAAGGGCGAAACGCUGACGUAAUACUUCCACGUGUACUACACGAUGUUCUUUUUACAAUCCUUUUUAUUUCCUGUAUACUAGAACCUUAAUAAAUACAUGACGAAAGCGAGCACACGCGCAUUUCGUAUUUCUCUGUA